ACAACUGACAAUCUCCGUCUGCGAGUUCUUGUGCUUGGCGCAUGAACCCCAGUGCAUACCCACAUCCCCUCGUUGUAUACCUCUUGUCGCCGUCACCACCAAGUUAUUCCGGCCAUGGUCUAUGUCAGCUCUGGACACCGGCCUCACCAGCGACCCCAGGAUGCUGUCGAGCCCCUUGGCUACAGCCGCCAGCGCUUCCUGUAUAGAUCCUCGCAGGGAUGCGGCCUGAACCCCGGCUCCGAAAGCGAGGCUGCUCAAGCAUCCCUGCCGGCGAUGCAUGUCCCUGGCCCUGUGGUUGACUGGCAAAGCCGCUCGGACCAGGCGGCCUAUGUCCUCCAUCGCCUCGUCUAUGGUCCCGCAGAGACCUGGGUGGCCCACACCGGCAACUUCCGACGGGUUUCGAGCAAUAUUGCCCGUCUGCUGUCCCGAUACCACAAGAUACAGCCGCUCCUCAAGCCCGCGUUCUACUACGUCGACAAGUUCUGCGCCAUGGUCGGUUCCUUCCGGCAGAAGCGCCAGCAAGCUCCCAUGGCGUCGGCCGAGCCAGCCUCAGAGCCGCCGAUCAGUAUCAGCCAGAUGUUCUCGAUCUUCCGCGUGGCCCUGGUGCUGGCGCAAAAGUUCCACCACGACCAACGCUACUCCAACUCCUCCUGGGCGACCAUCUUUGGCAUCUCGAUGCAGUCGCUGAACCAGCUCGAGUGGGAGUUCCUCGAGGUCAUCGGCUACGAGCUCUUCAUCCCCGACGACCACUGGCAAGCCUUUGCGACAAGGAUCGGCAUCCUCGAGGCCGAGUUCUACUUCAGGACCUCGCGGGACCAGCCCCGUCCAACGGCACUACCGAUCCCGUCGCAUCGCUCGUCGUCGCUGGGUCUCCGCAUGCGCUCGCCUCCGGUCCAUGGCCGCCCAUCCUCGUUCUCGUACCCAUACCCAUCUCCAAGGGCAUCGCCAAAGACCCCGCCCCAUCGCAGCUCCUCGAACCCCUGGCACGACGGCAGGCCCUCCGUGCCGUGCGGGGUGCGAUGCCGAGAACCCCACGCCGGCAUCCCCAUUCCCGUUGGUCUCACGCUUUGAGCCCCUCGUCGGCCUUUCUUCUCAAUGCUCCCAAUCUUUCUAUUCCCUCGUUUGCCUGUCGUCCUGCUUGGACACUGCUCUGCGAGUCUGUCCGUCUCUGAUAGAGCGACGCUUGAUCGCGAGGGACGGCUGGCCGCUGCAGUUGCAUUCAGGCGGCGUUGCUCUUCUGCGUGUUGCAUACCAUCUUGGAUCGGACGGAGGAUCAUCGGC